AUGACGGCAGUUUCUUCUUCUUCUCUGCCACUGACAGAGAAAACAGCCUCAAUGAAAAUGUCCAAAACCCUUACACUGCCGCAUCUCCCAUUGGAUGUUGUAUCAGAAAUACUGUGUAGACUAUCCGUGAAACAACUCCUUCAACUCUGUUGCGUCUGUAAAUCAUGGAAUUCUCUUAUCUCUCUUGAUUACAGUUUCGCAAGGAAGCAACUCAUGUUGUCAACCCCCAACAAAGACCGCCAUCACCUCAUCCAAUCCUCUAUUAAAUCUUAUCAUGAGUUCCUUCUAAUUCACUCCCCAAUCUCCUCUUUUUUCACCAUUGAUCCCAUUGUUACGGUCAAUCAGCUUAGGCACACUCUAAAAAUGCUUAUUGAUAAUAGAGGCAGUGUUGUGCAAAUUUCUACUUGUGACGGCAUCCUCUGUUUUGUGAUAACUGGAUCUCGAGCUGUUUUGUAUAAUCCUUUCACUAGAAAAUCCAAAAUAUUGCCUCCUUUGAAUGCUUCAAAAUUAAGGAAUUUUCAAAACUUAUUUACCUUAGUGUAUGAUCGUAUCACUCGUAAUUAUAAGAUUAUUGCUGUUACUUUUGGUAAUAGCAAACACCAAGUUAACAUUCACACUUUGGGUACCCAUCAUUGGAGAAGAGUUCAGGACUUUCCAUGUUCUUGUCUCCAUUGUACACCUGGAAUAUUUGUGAAUGAUACUCUUAAUUGGUUGGCAUAUGAUCAUAAUUUACCUGAAGUUAUUGUUUCUCUUGAUUUAGAGAAGGAGUCGUAUCAAAAGCUUUCACCCCCUCUUUAUGAUGAUGAUGAUACAGGAUUCGAACGUUCCGUUGACUUGGGGACAUUGAGGGGUUGUUUAUCCAUCCUUUCUUAUAGGUACAAGUUUUCUAAUGUUUGGAUAAUGAAGGAAUAUGGGAAUGAAAAAUCUUGGACUAAAUUGUUUAGUGUUCCUCACCCGGAACAAGGUAUAGGUAGUUUUUAUUUCUAUAAGAAUGUGUUAUAUGUUUCAGAGGAUAAUCAAUUGCUAAUGGAGUUUUAUAACAAUGGGGAACAUGGUUUGGUUGUCUAUGAUUCUACAAAUAAUACUUUUAGUAAUCCUAAAAUGCAAAACAAUGUCAAUGAUCAUAAGGUGGCACCACAUUUUUAUGUUGAGAGUUUGAUAUCUCCUUUCUAG